UACAUGUACAGCUAGCCGCACAGACCACAGCAUUAAACGCAAACCACAAAUACGAAGCACGAUUAUUUUUAGAAAUGUGUUUUUCCCCAAAUGUUUGUCCCUGGCCGGCCCGGGCUUUCAUGUUUAAUAGCCAGCUUAUCAGACAACGUGUGGAGAAGAGGUGCUGAAGUUGUUUCGACUGUGGUCCUUUUAUUUCUCCGAGGCUGUUCAAAGUUUGAAAGCUGUCACUUUCGUACUACAAGACGGUGUUAGUGUACAUGUACUUGUACAUCUACUGUGCGUGUAUAGUCCGUGUGUUGGCCUGAUGUUGAUGAUACAGUGAAUCUACUGACUCCAUAAGGAACAUGGUAUGUACAGGGCGGCCAGCUGUAUUUUCCAGCAGAUUCUUGUUGUUGAUCGUGUUGCAGUGUACGCUGUGGGACUUCAGCAGGCUGACGAUAGCUGGACCCGUGCCGAGCCGGUCGGACCCUUCCCCUGACCCGGGAACUCGACCAGCAACACCGGAGGACCGCCGGGGCAGUCUUAGGACGGAUCUGGCUCAUCAGGAUAGCAAUGAUGAUUCAGACAUAGAAGCAGGGUCCAACAAGUGCCACCGAUGUAGAAGCGGCCAUUACAGACAGAGUGGUGUCAGAGGUGGGAUCCGGCCUGCCAUGAAAGCAAGAAGCUACUCAACAGAUUCACAAUCGCGUUCCCGGACCCGAAGCACUUGCGGGGGCUUUUGCCAGCGUUGCUCGGUCUGUCGCAGCGGGUGGACGUUGCGAGCCAACUGCACGGCGACCCAGGAUACUGUGUGCAUGCCAUGUGAAGAAGGAGAAUUCUGGGACCCGGUCCGAUCGCGAUGCAAGCUGGUAAACCCUUUGAUUCAUGAGGUGGUGGUGCAGAACUCCGGCACGCCCUACCCGCCCACGCUCAACACCGCGCAUGCUGACCCUACCCUACCCGUCCAGCGUGCCGUGAAACCCGGCGGGCGUCCCCCGCCAGGAGACAGUUACGAAAACAAGAUUGACCAGCCGGCUCCGAGCUUGACCGAAGAAGCCAAGAGCGAGAAGUGGUCAGCCGGGUACAUCGCUUCUCUCUUCGCCAGCGCAGCUGCUGGAAUCACGGUGCUGGUUCUGAUUGUCGUGGUCCUCAUCUACGUGGUGCUGCGAUUCAAACAGUGGAAAUAUGAGCGUUCGCUUUCAAGUAGAGGACGUUGUUUAACAUGGAGGUCAUGUUUCGGAAAUUUCUGCAAAAAGGGAAGCCACACUGUCGCAGGUGAUACCGACUAUUCGAUGACGAAUAAUCGAAAUACUGAAUUGCAGACACCGUUACAACAUGACACAGAAACAAGAGUCGAUUCAGAUUUGUCGAAAGCGAGGGAACCGAAUAGCCAGACCCUGCACGCACCAGGCUGCAGCGUCUGGAUCGACUUGGCAGACACAGGGUUUCAAGAGGAUGAACACUCACUGCCAGCUGCAUCUACAGGUGAAGAGCAUCAACCAGACGGCAGUUUCAUGACAAGAAAUUCUUUACAGUCACGCGAAGCACGAAAAGGCCUCCUUGAAAUUUGGGAAGCCGCCGAUCAUCCGCCAUUCCCUCCUUCUGAUGAAAAACAAGAAGGAGAAACGGUAAUUACGCCCCAAGAAAGACUUUUGGGGAGAGAGAUUCCUGGCAAAAGGCAUGCUGGGAUAUCUGCUACAGACGUUCACAGGAACCAAACGAAAACAACGCCCUCUUGCUUGCCAUUACCUUUACCGCUGCUGUGCACCACAAACAUUCGAACUGUAGUCGCAGACGUACACGACCCUUAUAUGGAUGACACGCCGGUCACAUUUAACGGAACUGACAUUUAGUAUGGGUUGGAUAAUGACCGGUUAUGUAAUACGCCAGUUGCCUCUGUGCUAUAAUAUUUAUGGAGCUGGCUCAGCAGAAAAGAGGUAUACAAUAGUGUUUGCAGGUGGAUAGUCGAUAUUGUUAUGGGCUCGGUGCACGAACAACAGAGGGCGUUUUGACCACUUUCGAGAUCCCCGGCCAUAGACGGGACACACCGUGUCCGUGACCACAAGAAGAUGCCUGUUUCUGAGGUGCAUAAGUUCGCAGGUAAUUGCACGCAUGCAUUGCGCGCGCGUGCAUUUCCGCAAGUUGUACAAAGUAUAUUGGACAAGGCAUGCGUACUGGGCAUGCGCAAAGGUGUUGGAACGCGAUUCACUAAAUAUGUAUACUUCUGUUACAUGAUAAAUCAUUUGUUUAGGAAAAACUAGCUAUAAUUAACAUAAAUGAUAUUGUAGCUGGAACAUGUAAUGAUCAUCUAUCUAUUCAUGACAUGUAUAUAGCACUGUUAAUUCGGCUUCUGGUAGGUCGACCAGAUGCAUAAAAAGACUUCCAGCUAAUUAUUUGCCAUUCAGAAUCAGUGGAAAUUAAUAGUUUGCACUCUAGUAUAGGGCUACCUUUAGUUGACUUGCCUUUAGUGACUUAUCUGUGAUUAAAGUAAUGCUACUGAGCUAAUGACCUGUUCUUGCCACGCAUGUGAGUUUAAAUUUACAUUAGAUACAAAGUGCAUGGUCACGUCUCAAGCGACACCAUGACUGCAGAAAUAGCCUUGCGACAAUACAUUCAGUUGCAUGCACUGGUGUAGCAUGUGCUCGUGUUCAGUGUGUAAACAGUGCUGGCGAAGAAUGCAUGGUAAAAUGUGUAUAAUGAUUUGUAUGUGCUUGCUUGUCUGAAUAUAGCAUUUGAAGCACAGUCAUGCAUGAGAUACAUUAACUUCACAAUAAUAUGGACAUCUGUAGUAAACAAUCGCAUUAUAAUAAUUUCUCGAAUUCAUAAUAGGCCGGUCCUGAAUGCCCCAAUCUCGACGCACGUGGGAAAACAACGCGUGCACAUCUCCAAUAAAUGCCACAAAGCUAGCUAUGCGCAUGCAUCACUGCACUAUGCAUGCACACUGCAUGUUCCAGCCGGCGUCAUACGCGCGUGAACACUUCAAACUUUUUGUGUAUGCGUGUCGGGCAAUUAACCUAUCGUCAGUGGUAGAAUUGCGUUACAACUGAGUCAACGCAGCUUGGGAAAAAUUGUCCAAUUACAUGAUAGAGAAAUGGACGCGGAACGCGCAAAAUCUGAGAUAACGUAGUGUACGAAAACUCCAUAGGGUUGUCUAUUAAGGGGCGUGGCCUCUCGCAAACGGCGAUAGGUCAAAACUCAAGGUUGUGACUGGUCCAGAUGUACAAAUAUUGACUGUUUUAACGUGUGGUAUAGUAAAACUAGUCUCCCGAGGUGAUCCAUGGAGUGUUUUUGUAAUAGAAUGCUCCACGGAUUAGCGAGGGAGGCCAGCCUACCACGAGUUAAAGCAGUUUAUAUUUGUUUUACAACACCUCACCCGCAGAUUCUGCUUGAUUUUAAGAGACAACUAAUUAAUUUAAUCUUAACACAAUUAAAAUGUAUUUCUAUUUCAAUACGAAAUUAGUGGCAAAUUUACUUGAACUUUUCCAAAUCACUCCACGAAAGUAUGUCUCGUUCUCGGCCAAUCAAGAUACAGAAUCUGUGGGUGACGUGCUAGAAUAAAAACUGUAAUAAAUGAUGAAUAAUCAUAAUAUUAAGCUUCCAUAUUCAUGUGUGAACUGUUCACAAUUAGUUAUUCUACUUUUACAUUGAUAGAUAUUGAUUGGAGUGUGACUUGUGUUCAGAGCUGAGAAGACAUUAAACAGAAUCAAUCGGCUGGCUUUCGAUGGUUGAGUUAA